UUCAACAUGUUUUGAUUUGUUAUUUUCAAGACAUUGUUUCACUGCCUCAGCGGUUGUGAAGAAGCUGUUGGACUGGCUCUUGUAAAGCCUCUUACGCCGCUGGAUCUUAAAGCCCGUCUUGUUUUUCAGGGCAAAGCUUUGUCGAGGGAAAAUUGGACUGGAAAUCUCUUCGGGUUACAAGUGGAUUCGAUACUUUAAACAAGACUCGACUUUACCAAACACCGAACAAACAAACAAACUAGGCGUUAGUAGAUUUUAAAGUCUUAAAAGAGAAACUAUGGCCGAGACGAACCAGACCGAGGUGUAUGUUUACGAACAGGUUGUUAUCCUGACAUCCUGUGUACUUUCGUUUUUUGGGUCACUUUUAAUCAUAUGCACAUAUGCAAGAUGGCACGAUCUGAGAACUACACCGAGAACACUGCUCGUGUAUCUGUCUGUCACUGACCUUCUGUCUGCACUCUCUUACUUUUACGGAGUUUUGAGGAUUUUUGACUCUGAUUCUGGGGAUUGUAUCGCGCAAGGAGCAAUUUCCACAUUCGCCAACACCAGCUCAUUCUUCUGGACCGUGGCUAUUGCUAUUUACUUAUACGUUUUUAUUGUGAAGUCCAGCCAGAGACAGGCCGACAAUUUGGUGCUGUAUUUUCAUCUUAUCAGCUGGGGCGUUCCUUUCGCCAUCACUGUGGCAGCCCUGUCCCUGCACAAGAUCGGCUAUGACGCCUCUGAAGUGUCUGUUGGCUGGUGCUGGGUGAACAUCCAGGCUGAAGAUCAUGUGCUGUGGAUGCUGCUCACAGGAAAGAUCUGGGAGUUCAUUGCCUAUGUCACACUGCCAGUCCUGUACAUUCUUAUAAAGAUACACAUUCACAAUGCAUAUGCAGCCCUGUCUGAGUACCGUCCCAUCCUGACCAGCAGCCCUGUCUCUCACUCGCUGUCUUCCAUGGCAGACAGGAAGCUCACCCUCAUCCCCAUCAUCUUCAUCAUGCUCCGCAUGUGGAGCACCAUCCGCUUCCUGCUCCUGCUGACUGACUCCCCUGCAGGACACAACCCUGUGCUGGUCACCUUGCAUGGAAUUGGAAACACCUUUCAAGGAGCUGCUAACUGCGUCAUGUUUGUGCUGUUGACUCCCUCGAUUCGAUCACGUCUGGUGGCUCUGCUGUGCUGCAGAGGUCAGGACAGACACUGGCGUACAGAAUCAGUGUCCCAGAACAGGGAAAGUGCAUAUACGCCUUCACACAGGGAGGAAAACCCCAACGCCCAAACCUGGGAGAACAGUGAGGGGUAAAAGCUGCUAGGAUCCUCCAUCUGCUGCAGCACGUUUAAGUCUAUUUGAAUGGAGUGAAAGCUCUGACUUUACAGCUCUCUGUUGUGGUUGUUGGAGUUACGUCAGAGCCUUACACUCAGCUUUCUUGUUUGACCAAGUGCCUUCACGGAUUACAGGGGACUGCGGUCACAUGCACAAAACCCGCAGAGCAUGGAACACAAACGCACUUUCUGUUACCGGUUUAGCUCAGCACUUUAGGCGAGAGGCUUUCUGUCUUCCAAAUCUGUUUUCAUUCUGCUGCUGCAGAUAUCUCAUGUUCAUUUAAAUAGAAAUUAGAUCUGUAGCUCAGGGGAAGCGAGGGAUACAGCAGUUUAUUAUCUAGUGACCAAAAUGGCACUGUUGUGCCAAGUGUUUUCACAAGGGAUUUCUUCCCUCUUUCUCCCACCAAAGCAUUCUUAAUGCAAUGUUAUUACUUUACAUUACAUUUAAUAUGUGUUUUUAAUCCAUUAAUUAUGUGUAUUAUGUGUUGUAUUUAUAUGUACAAAUGUAUAGUAUUGCUUUUGCCCUAUGUAUGUAUAAUGUCAUAAUGUCAUUUCUUUUUUUUCUUUCACUUUUCUCUGUAUAGAGUCACAUGCACCUAGUCACAACAUGCACAUGUAUUGUUAUUUCACACAAUGCCUUUAAAAUACCUAUGACACAAUGGGGAAGAAGUGCCUUUUAAUCUUUGUAUAUUACCGGUAUAAAUUAUGUAGUUAUG